AUGUCUGAAUAUAAGAAACUAUUUCUUAUUGCCAUUCUUCUUUCGUCCCCCAGAAUCAAUCAUACGCCACACCUUUUCUUAAAAAGACGGGGAGAAAAAGCGAAACAUUUCCACCAACGACGUUACCCAAUCAGUUUUUACAUUCUUUUUAUUUAUUUAUUUAUUGUGCACCACUCCCAGCUUUUAUUGCUCUCUUUCUCUCUCUCUCUCUCUCUCUCUCUCUCUAUUUCUAUCUCUCUCUCUAUCUCUCUCUAUCUCUCUCUACAUUUUAAUGCCUCUCUUCCUUCUCUUUUUUUCUCACUCUUUUUCUUUCUAAGUCUCACUCUUUUUCUUUUUAGUUUUCUUUUCUUUUUCCUGUCCUCCUCUCUCUUCAUUAUUGCAUCAUUCUUUUCCCCUCUUUUGCUUUUUUCUUUCUGUAUAUCUUCUCGUUAUCAAUUCUCUUCAUCUCUUUCUCUCUUUAUCCUCUCUGUUAUCUCUUUCUUUUUUUCUUUCUUUCUUUCUUUCUUCCUUUAUUCAUUCUUAUAUAUCUAUCUAAAAUCGUAUAUUUACCUCUCUUUUCCUUAUUGCGCCUUUGUUUUUUUCUUUCCUUUCUUUCAUUACCUCUCUUUCGUGCCCCUCUUUUUCACUGUUCUUCUCUUGGUUUUCCUCUUUCUUUCUUAA